CAGCGGUAACAUGUAAUUCACUCAUUACUUCCGUUUUAGAGCAUAUGACGGACAUUCAGCGGGUUUUCUUUCCGAGGGAAAAACGACUACUGUAGGAUUCUAUUUACAUGGACAUGCCGGACAGAACAAUGAGGGGGCAAGUGCUACUGUUUUUCUGCGUUCUGUCUCUAACAUCGGUUGUCGGACAGGUCAGCUAUUCCAUUCCGGAGGAAAUGGCAAAAGGGUCAUUAAUCGGUAACAUUGCUCAGGAUUUAGGAUUAGACAGUAAAAGACUGGCAUCGGGCAAAGCUCGGAUUUUUAUUGGCGACAGCGCAGAGUACAUUGAGCUGAACAGAGAAAGGGGAGUCCUCCUUGUUAAGGAAAAAAUCGACAGAGAGAUGUUGUGUGGACAGACGAUGCCCUGCGCUUUGCAUUUUCAGGUUAUUCUAGAAAAUCCGAUGGAAUUUUACACUGCUGUUGUAGAAAUUUCAGAUAUAAAUGAUAACAGUCCAAUAUUUGAAAAGUCUGAUAUGAAAUUUAAAAUAAGCGAAUCCGCUGUAAUAGGAUCGAAAUUCUUGUUAGAGAGGGCUAUAGAUCCGGAUGUCGGCAUGAAUAGUCUGCAGAGCUAUUUUCUUACAAAAACCGAGAAUUUUGUUUUGAAACUGAAAGAUCAGCCAGACGGAGAAAGGAUAGUUGAAAUGAUUUUACAAAAACCUCUUGACAGAGAAAAACAAGAGGAGAUGAUUCUAGUGUUAACUGCGGUAGACGGAGGGGAACCAAAGCUGUCUGGAACAGCACAGAUACAUGUUACAGUGCUCGAUGUAAACGACAAUGCACCUGUUUUUACAAAAACAGUUUACAAAGCUUCAAUACCCGAAAAUGCCGUUAAAGGUACAAUAAUAACCAAGGUCAGCGCUUCUGAUGCUGAUAAAGGGUCAAAUUCUAACAUAAUGUAUUCAAUUUCCAACACCGUUGCAGAUGUAAGAGACAUAUUUGAAAUUAAUGAAUUAAAUGGCGAUUUAAUCUUGAAAAGUAGUAUAGAUUAUGAAAAGGCGCGUUACUAUCAAAUACAUGUGCAAGCAAGUGAUGAAGGAGGACUGACAGAUUCAUGUAAAAUUACAGUUGAAGUUGUUGACAUUAAUGAUAACAAACCGGUUAUUAAUAUAAUGUCACAGACAAAUGUAAUUCCAGAGGAUUCUAAACCCACAACGAUUGUCACAAUGGUAAAUGUUCAGGAUAUAGAUUCCGGUGAAAAUGGAAAAAUUCGAUGUGGCAUUAAUGAAAAUAUUCCUUUUUCAUUAAAGCCGGCAUCGAGUAGUUUCUUUAACCUUGAAACGGACAGUGAUUUAGACAGAGAGAGCGCCUCUGAGUAUAAUAUCACUGUGACCUGCUCUGAUGAGGGAGUGCCCUCUCUCUCCAGCAGCGUCACUCUCACCUUACAAAUCUCAGACGUGAAUGACAACGCGCCUGUUUUUGAGAAGAGUACAUACGAGGCCUACAUUGUAGAAAACAACACACCAGGACUCUCUGUUUUCACAGUGAAAGCCACAGACGCUGACUGGAACCAGAAUUCCCGUGUUUCUUACAUACUGGAGGACUCCUCUGUUAACGGAGUGCCAGUCUCCUCAUAUGUGUCCGUUAGUGUUGAUAGUGGAAUCAUCAGUGCAAUGUGCACGUUUGAUUACGAGCAGAUCAAAGAUUUCCAGUUCCACGUCAAAGCGCAGGAUGGAGGCUCUCCUCCCCUCAGCAGCAAUGUUACAGUGAAGAUAAUGAUUCUGGAUCAGAACGACAACCCCCCUCAGGUUCUGUACCCAGUCCAGACUGGUGGCUCUCUGGUGGCUGAAAUGGUGCCUCCUUCAGCAGAUGUGGGCUAUCUGGUAACUAAAGUGGUGGCUGUUGAUGUGGACUCUGGACAGAAUGCCUGGCUCUCCUACAAACUGCAGAAAACCACAGACAGGGCGUUGUUUGAAGUGGGCUUACAGAAUGGAGAAAUAAGAACUACUCGCCAAGUCACCGAUAAAGAUGCUGUCAAACAAAGACUGACUGUUAUAGUGGAGGACAACGGGCAGCCCUCUCGUUCAGCUACGGUCAUUGUUAACGUGGCGGUGGCGGACAGCUUCCCUGAAGUGCUGUCGGAGUUCACUGACUAUACACAAGAUAAGGAGUACAAUGACAAUCUGACUUUUUACUUAGUCUUGGCUCUGGCUGUAGUUUCCUUCCUCUUCCUCACGUGUUUAGUGGUUAUUAUAUCAGUGAAAGUCUACAGGUGGAGACAGUCUCGCAUCCUGUAUCACUCCAGCCUCCCUGUCAUUCCAUAUUAUCCACCACGUUACUCAGACACUUUGGGGACAGGGACUCUGCCCCAUGUGUACAAUUACGAGGUGUGCAGGACGACUGACUCCAGAAAAAGUGACUUUAAGUUCGGCAGAGCUGGUAGUCAGAACGUGCUGAUAAUGGACCCCAGUUCUACAGGGACGAUGCAGCAGAUACAGAGUGAAAAGAGCAUCCUGGAUGAACCAGACUCUCCUCUAGAGGUCAGAAAUUGA